UUCUUGCGGCGGAUUUUAUUGACAAACAUUCCGCAAUGCUGCGGCCAAUUUUGAGCCAGCUCGCGAAAAAGGACUUGGUCCUUGCCAGCAACUCGGAACGACGCAAGGAGCUGAUCAAGAACCUGGGAGUAGACCGGGUGAUCCUGUGUGGAUCGACUUUUGAGGAGAAUCUUAACCCGGCCAAAUACUCGUUCGAAGAUUAUGUGGCCGCCACAGCGCACGGAAAGGUACGGGAAGUGUACGAGCGGCUGUCGAAACAGGAUGCAGAUAAAUCAUUCGUCGUAAUCGGAGCAGACACGAUGGUAACGAUGGACGGACAGAUGUACGGCAAACCAAAGACUCCGGAAGAGGCGUUCGAAGUGCUGAGAAAGUUGAUGGGAAAAGGACAUGUCGUCUACACGGGUGUCGUGAUCAAACACGAGGAGCAGGAAGUUCGAUUCACGGAAUCAUGCAAGGUGUACUUCGGAAAAGCGUCCGACGAGCAGAUCCAGGCGUACAUCGACACAGGAGAGCCCUUCGACAAGGCGGGCGGCUACGGCAUCCAAGGGCUGGGGGGUUGCUUUGUGGAGAAAAUCGACGGAGACUACUUCACCGUCGUGGGUCUGCCAAUUCAUCGACUCUCGGUUGAACUGUGUAAAAUGUUCGGCCAUGAGAUACGCUAACAGCCAAAAGAUGCUAGAAUAAAAUGGUGAAACAAGCCAAAAGCAAACUGAAUUACUGUAAGUAAAGCGUACCACGUGCCAACGGCAGUCAUCAUCAUAGUGAGGGAGUUCAAAUGGCUUCAUCACAUUAAUUGAUACAAAUGAUUCCAUAAAAUUACAAUAUCUAUUACAGUAUAAUAUUGUUGUUGGUUUGUAAUGUGUUCUUUCACUUGUCUGUAUGGAGCUGUUUAGUUUUUUCACUUUACAUUUCAUUAUUCGCUCUUUCAAGAUUCCAUCUCUAGGCGUAUGAUCCCAGCGCCAAAGCUUCUCAUUUUCCAUCAACCAGAGAUCGAACGUAUAAGAGCCAAGCUCUUCGUUCCCUUAUUGAUAAGAGCGCAGUAGUGCGACACGUUGCAGACACGACACAUUCACAUUGGGGUGCACUUCCUAUUCGGCCUGUUACUAAUAUACACUAU